CCGUUCUAUUGGCCAUGAACAUUAAGCAAUUAACUUAUGAAAUCUUGCUUCUAAGUAACAGUUAUGAAUCAUUUUUCUUAGGACUCGUACAUUCGUUGCAUGUGUCUAUGAAUAAGUAAUACUUAAUGGAUAAUUAUGUUAAUAAUUAUUGGAAAAUGACGACACGGCUACAAAAUAAUUAAACAUUGCUGAUCUUGAUUACUUUCGGUGUACAUACAUAUAUGUACAUAUAUUUUUAAAUAUCUUUCGAAACAUCAGCAUUUUACACGUAUACUUACAUUCUUGAUAAAGUAAAAUAUUUUUUAUAAUGAAAUUACAAACUUAUAAGAAAUACAUAGAAUAUUUAAAAUCAACUGGAAUUUGUAUUGUUAUGGUUGGAGGUUGUUGGUUUUUGUAUCAGCUGCGACAAGUAUCGCAAAUUUUACAAUCCUCUGUACCUACCAAUGUUUUAAGCAAGGAGCAACCACAUACCCAAUAUAUUUAUGUUGAUGAUCCUAGAUUCAAAGAUGUUCUCAUGUUAAGAAAAGUUGAAAAUUUACAAUCAUCAGUGCCAGUGGAGUCAUUUUCAUUUGCUCAUAUCAUAAUGAAAUGGUGGAAAUCAUUAACCCGUAAUGUGGCAUAUAAGCUAUUAAAUAUCGCACAAACUAGCAAUGACACAGAACGUUUGAAAGCUCUUUAUACUCUUACUUCUCUAAAGCAUUUGAAAGAUUGGCAUUAUCAGCAUAUUGCACAAAUGUUGGAUGCUAAAACUGCAGUGUCUCUUGCAAGAAUGCCAAAUGUUGAUUUAAGAUUCUUUUUACAACCACCGUAUCGUCACGUACAAUAUAAAUUACAUGAUGUAAUAGAAAAAGUACACCAGUUACUCCUUCAUUUAAGUAUGUUAUGUGAAAAUACUCAUCCAUGCCUUGUUCAAUUCCUUAAUAAAAACUUUAAAGAUACACCUUCUGAUAAUCUGAUACUUGAUCACGACUUAACAAACUUAGGGCUGGCUGUAGCACCAGCCAUAGUAUGGAAUCAAGAAUUAUUAAAGAAUUGUGUUCAAGCACUAUGCCACCAUUCUUGUCUUGAACAAUAUAGUAAAGAUAUUAUCGAUGCUGGUGGUCUUCCAUUAUUAAUGAUAAUAAAGAAAAUUUUCAACGAUAACGUUAACAUAUGUAUAUUACUUGCAAAAAUUAUUUCUAAUAUUUCACUUCACUCAAUGUAUUUGCAAGAUAUUUUUCAAUCAGGUUGGAUUGGUACAUUGGUAGAAUGGUCUCAAAGUAGUGAUAUAAGAUUAUCAGCACCAGCCAGUCGUGCAUUGGCAAAUUUAGAUAUGGAUGAGAAUGAUAAAUAUCCAAGACGUAUUUAUCUUCUUCAUCCUUUGCACAAAACUAUGGCAAGCACAAAGUUAGAUGUUAUUUUCUUACACGGACUGCUUGGUGGAGUGUUUAUAACAUGGCGACAAAGAGAUCCAGAUACAUCUGAAGUUGUUGGGUUUGUAGAUCCCUAUAUUAUACAAGAUGGGAUCAAUUUUUCAAGUUUUAUAGAUGAUCAGUCUCACGAAUUUUUGAAAGAUUUAGCUUAUGAUUUGAGGAAACGUGAAUGGGACAAAGUAGGCCAAGAUUUUGAAGUAAUUUUGGAUGAUUGUCCUCAAAAUACUAAUACUAGAGGAACUGGACCAUUUUUCUGUAAAGGAAAUGAUAUAUGUAUGAAGAAAAUGUAUCAUGAUAGACAACACAAAACACAAUGUUGGCCUAAAGAUUGGUUACCACAGGAUAUUCCAUAUAUCCGAGUUAUUGGGGUAAAUUAUGACACUAAUUUGUCACUGUGGACACAUUCAUGUCCAAUAGACGGCAGAAAAAGUACUAUGGGUGAAAGAAGUAAAGAAUAUAUAAAAAAAUUGUUAAUUGCGGGUGUUGGAAAACGACCAACGAUUUGGGUUUGUCAUUCAAUGGGUGGUUUAUUAGUAAAAAAAAUGCUUGUGGAUGAGUGGAAAACUGGAGAUCAAAAUGAUAUAUGUAAAAAUACACGUGGCAUAAUAUUUUAUAGUACUCCACAUCGAGGUUCUCGCGUAGCAGCAUUAAAACAAGCAACACAAAUGGUAGUGUGGCCAUCGAUCGAAGUACAGGAACUUCGUGAAGAGUCGCCACAAUUAUUAAAAUUACAUAAUGAAUUCCUCGAUAUGUUGAAAGAACAUCCUAUAGAGAUUAUUAGUUUUAGUGAAACUAAGUCUACCCAUGUAACACCGUUAAAUGUGCCAUUUCAGUUUGUUACUUCUAAUUCAGCAGAUCCUGGAGUAGGUGAAUUCUAUGAAAUUGCACAAGAUCACUUGUCCAUAUGUAAGCCAGCUAGCAGACAUUCCUUCUUGUAUCAAAAACUUUUGUCCGUUUUAAAACGUCACGUAACUCAAGAGAAAACAACUGUUUCUCCAAUUAUGGAAUUGCUAUCAUUGCCAAGUAAAUUAUUAUAAAUCUGUACAUAUUCCUAUAUUUUCAUGAUAUUGUGAACAUAUAUUACUUUAUUAUUAUCAAAAAGUUUAUUUUUGUAUACUAUAUAAAUUGAUAUUAACCCUCGGAUGGCGGAUGCUCCAUCUAGUAACGUAGGCCAAAAGUUAAUUACGGAAUAAGAGAAGGAAACAAAUAAGGCUAACAAAUUCGUCUUUCUCUCUUUUUAAUCAUAACGAGUUCAAUUUAGAGUAAACAUAUUUAUAUUACAAAAAUAUCAAAUACUUUUUAAAAUACUUAUUUAACGCCACUGAUAAUUUGUUUCUUUGACUAGAAUGAACAAUAAAAUUUUUGCAAUAAAAUCAAUAAAUGACUGAUAAAAAAAAAUAGUUAAAUCGAUCUAUGACAGUUUUCUCAAGAUGAAUACAAGAUAUUGAUCAAUCAAUAUAAGGUAACAUAAGAUAGUUUAUCAUAAAUAAAAUUUCAGUGAAUUUUAAAUCUACAGAUAAAGUAUAUUUUAUAUAAAGUAUAGCAUAAGCACAAUGUAAGGCACUGAAUAAAUUAAAUAAAAGUGGAAUUGAUA